CAUUGAUUAACAAUGGAAAAGUAAAAUAAAAUCGUAUAUAUGAAUUUCAAAGAUGGCGCUCUGUGACAACAAAUGUUAUUCAGGAAUGGUUUUUUUUCUAUGAUGUGUUGAUUUUUAUUCACCCAAAGUGUUUAAAGAUCAAUAGAUCAGCUGUUAACAAUGAACUUUGAGCUCCUCCACCAAUUUGGACAAAGCUAUCCGGAGGAGUUUGAUGGCCAACUUGACAGUGGAUCAAUCGCAACAACCUGUGGUUUCAAUCGCCGAGGUACUCUUCUUGCUGUUGGUUGUAAUGAUGGCAGAAUCGUAAUCUGGGAUUUUCUUACUCGUGGUAUUUGUAAAAUAAUCACUGCUCACGUCCACCCAGUCUCAAGUUUAUCCUGGUCUCGAAGUGGAAGAUAUCUAGUCUCAUCUUCCAAUGACAAUAAUGUUAGUAUAUGGGAUGUUGCAACUGGAGAAAAUGUUUAUCGGUGGAGAUUUUCUUGUCCAAUUUUGAAAGUUCAAUUCAAUCCACGAAACGAUCGUAUGAUCCUCGCAUGUCCCAACCGUCAUCAAGCUGUUCUAUUGUUCCGUCCUGUAGAUACAAAUCCUCCCGAAAAAACUCAUGUAAUCCUUCCUAUGGAUGAAGAUUCUGAUCUCAAUAUCAUUGCAUCUUUUGACCGCCGUGGUCAAUACAUUUACUGUGGUAACGCAAAAGGCAAAAUGUUCGUAAUAAAAGUGGAAGAUGGGGGAAACAAAUUGGAUAUUGUGGCAUCUUUUCGAGUUGCAAGUUCAAAUAUUGUUGUUAAGCAGAUCGAGUUCGCGCCUAAGCGAAAGGACACUUUUUUAGUUAAUGCCUCUGAUAGAGUAAUACGUGUUUAUGAAACACAUGAAGUACUCAAUUGUGGUCUUAACGGAGAACCUGAGCCUAUCCAGAGGAUACAGGAUCAAGUUAAUAAGACAACUUGGAAGAAAUGUUGCUUCUCAGGUGGAGUAGAUGCGGAUUACAUAUGUGCUGGAUCAGCUAGACAACAUACAUUAUGUAUUUAUGACCGAGCAAGCGGAGGAGGAUUGGUGAAAAUUUUGCAAGGUACCAAGGGUGAGACUUUAAUUGAUGUGGUGUGGCAUCCACUUAGAUCAAUCAUAGCCAGUAUAUCAAGCGGAGUUGUUUCGGUAUGGGCACAAGCACAAAUAGAAAACUGGUCAGCUUUUGCCCCUGACUUCAAAGAGUUGGAUGAAAAUGUUGAAUAUGAAGAAAGAGAAUCUGAGUUUGAUGUUCAAGAUGAUGAUCGUUCUCCUGCUCGCAAUAUACAAGACAACGAUGACGAAGAUGAAGAAGUGGACGUGCUUGGAGUUCAGCCAUCAACACAUCUUCUCAGCAGUGAUGAGGAUGAAUCUGCAGAACAGGAUGGACUUUAUUUUCUCCCUAUUUCUCUUGAAUUUGAUGAAGUUGAAAAUGUAGAUUCAGCAUUCAAUCAUUUCGGAAAAGAUGCUUCAGAGUCGCCCAUACCAACUAAAUCACCACGUAAAGCAAAAGUUGUUGAUAUUGAUUUAAAAGACAAUUCUAAAGACGGUGGCUCCAAGCCUGGAAAUAGAUCCAUUGGUGGCGAAGGAAGACUCAAGAAUAGAAACUCUCGGCUCUCGAGUAAACGUAAUAUUUCUUCAGUUGCUGAAGGGGGAUGCAGUAAUCAAAGUAAUGUUAAGAAGCGGAAAAAGUUGAAUCAUUAUGACCCAAACUAUGAAGACGACUGAGGCUUUAUUUUGUUUUCUUUGUCACUUUUCCUCUCCUUCCAUCCUCUUCAUAUUCCCUCUUUCUACUUUACAAUUUGCAUCUUUAAAUCUCUGUCGCUCUUUAGUUUAAUCAUAAAGAUAGAGACACAAAUACAAAAACAUCACUAUUGUACAUCAAAGAGAGACUCACUGAUACAUUAUAACAUUGCCAAUAUAUACAUAUAUUUAUAAAUAAAUAAUUUUUUCAAAUAAAACAAAGAAAAAUUGUUUU